AUGUAUGCUAUACACUCCACACUCCUCGCCCCAUCAGCAAUACAUCACACGCUUUACUUGCCGCACUUCACUCCCUCGACCAUCUACCCGUUACCUCACGCAUCGACGUCCACCGCAAAGGAUGUCAAGGUCGUCGGAAACCUCAUUGUCGGUGGUCUAUCGGACCUGAGGGUCUUUGAGAUCAGAGAAGAGCUGCGGCCGGUAGUGGCAGCCAAGGAUGGCGCUGAUGGCGAUGCUACGAUGCAAGGCGAGGGCGCCUUGGGGGACGGACAGCAAGUAGGGGAUAGCUUCUUUGACGGUCCUUCGCAAAGAGCGCCACUGGACUAUGAGACCCGCCGGACGCUGCACCACCUCACGACGCAUCAAGUGCACGGAACAAUCACUGGUCUUGCUGCUCUUCGGACCAUCGAUAGCAGCAUCGACGGGCUGGACAGGCUGCUCGUCUCGUUCAAGGAUGCCAAGAUGGCCAUCCUCGAAUGGUCGCGAGGUGAUAUAGCGACGGUGUCGCUACAUACGUACGAGCGGUGUCCGCAGAUGACGACCGGGGACAUGUCGACCUAUGUCCCCCGGCUGCGGACGGACCCCCUCUCGAGGAUUGCGCUGCUAUCGCUACCAGAUGAUGGACUGGCGGUGCUGCCUAUAGUGCAAGAGCAGUCCGAGCUGGAUCUGAUAGAGUCCUUCCCUCGUGAUGUCCCCUAUACCCCCUCCUUCGUCCUCGCCCUUUCUGACGUGUCCCCUACCAUCCGGAACCUCGCAGAUCUCGUCUUCCUCCCAGGCUACAACUCUCCCACUCUCGCUGUAAUCUACACCCCCACUCAGACUUGGGCGGGUCGGUACCAAUCUGCACGAGAUACCUUCAUCCUCGAAAUCCGCACUAUCGACCUCUCGGGCGGUUCCUACCCCCUCCUCACGCGCGUCGACUCUCUGCCUAGCGAUACGCUAUACAUCGUGCCCUGUCCGCGCGAGCUCGGCGGUGUCGUCUUGGUUACAACCACCGGGAUACUGCACGUCGACCAGAGCGGGCGGGUGGUGUGCGCGAGCGUCAAUGCUUGGUGGGCGUAUACGACCCGCCGGCCUUCCAACCGGGCAAACGAGCACCGAAAGCUCAGUCUGGAAGGGUCCAGGGCGAGCUUCGUCGGGGACAGAGAUAUGCUGCUCGUCCUGUCCACAGGCAGGGCGCAUCAGGUCCGGAUGGAGAUGGAUGGCCGGGCAGUGGGGUCUAUCAUUGUCGAGGAGGAAGUAGGGGUCUUGCCCCCUCCAUCGUCGAUAUCAAGGCUGGGCUCGGACAAGGUGUUUGUGGGAAGUCCGGAGGGCGACUCGGUCAUGUAUGAGAUCCAGAUGGUCAGAGAGAAGGUGGAUCAAGCUGAGGAGAGGAAACCAGAGAUAGAUAUGGAGGUAGACGAUGAUGACCUCUACGCCGACGCCGUACCCAUCGCCAAUGGAGCAGGCUCCGCGGCUGCGGAAGUCUUCACCGGUCCCGCCAAGCUGGAGCUGAGGGAGGCUGACCGCAUAACCGGGAUUGGAAAGAUUAUCGACAUGGACUUUGGGAUCGCAGUGACGGAUCAGGCGGUGCGGACGUAUCCUCAGCUGGUGACUAUUGGGGGAGGCAGCCGGACUUCGACCUUGAACGUCCUCAGGCGCGGGAUCCCCAUCAAUAAGCGUCGAAGAUUUAACGAACUCAGUACUGCCGAAGAUGUCUGGUUCCUCCCCAUUCACCGAAGGUCAGGAGUCAGCUCAGGCCCGAAUCCAAAGCAGCGUCAGGUCCCGGACGAACUGCGGACGACGUUGCUGCUCAGCUCGGAAGGGUCGCAGACUAGGGUGUUCGCUCUGUCGAACAAAGCAAAUCCCGAGCAAAUCGGCAGACUAUCGUCAAUCACUGUUCAAGCUGCGCCGUUCUUUGGCCGGUCAUGCGUUCUGCAUGUAUCGCCUCAUUCGGUGGACUUGCUCGAUGGCGAUGGAAAGCACUCGCAGAGUAUCUAUACGAGCGAAGACUCGCCGAUCGUCUCAGCGAGCAUCCUCGACCCUUAUGCGGUCAUCCGACGGGCAGAUGGACAGGCCAUAUAUCUUGUUGGCGAUGCUGCAGCGCGGAGUAUCUCUCAAGUGCCCUUCAUACCUGACGUUGAGGACCAACCCCUCGUCACAGCUAUCGAGGUCUUUUCCGACUCGACCGGCAUCUACCGCACCUUCGAGCAUCAGACUGGCAAGCCUGGACAAUCACGCCAGCCCAUCGAUCUCACCGGUAGCAGAAGCAGCAUCUCUCAUGCCGGCUCUCGCCAGACUGCGGCGGAGCAGAUCGAGCGGCUGCAGAAAGAGAAGCCGGCGAUCUCGGCGGGAGGCGCUUCUGUCGAGGAGAGCAUGCAGGCUGAGUUGGGGACGCAGUGGCUGGCGGUACUGUUGGCUACGGGGGAGCUCCAAAUACGCUCCCUUCCCGACCUGAGUUUGGCAUUCCAAUCUGAAGGUCUAGCGGCAAGUAACGCUACCUUCACGGACGACCUCCUCGAGGGCGGAUCUUCUGGAAUGCUUGAAGACCCCGACGAAGUCAAGCAAAUGCUCUUCCACCCUCUUGGCCGCGAGACUCUCCGACCUCAUCUUCUCGUUCUGCACAGAUCCGGCCGUUUGAAUACUUACGAAGCGCAACCCCGGUACACCCUCGAUACGCCCAACCUCCCACGCCGAUCCCUCGCGAUCCGAUAUCGCCGCGUCCACACCCAACUCCUCUCCAGCACCCAAGGCUCCAAGCUGUCGUACAAGAUGCACCCGUUCGCCGACCUCGAGGGGUACACGGGCGUGUUCGUGACGGGCGAAAAGCCCCAGUGGAUCAUCGGGAGCUCGAAGCAUACUGUGAGGAGCUUUGGGUUGAAGCAGGCCGCGGCUACAUUUGGGCGGACGACGCAUCUAGGAGGGAUGGGCGAGUACUUUACGAGGAUAGAAGAUGGCACAUUCAUCUGCUAUCUUCCCUCAACGUUAACGACCGACUUUGAGAUGCCGUGCGAUCGAUAUGAGAUGGAUCGGGUGUAUACGAAUAUCGCGUUUGACCCGCCUAGCGGACAUUAUGUCGGUGCGGCGGCGAUCACGGUGCCUUUCCAGGCGUACGACGAGGAGGGGGAGCCGCAGAUCGGGCCGGAGGGCGAGAACCUGGUUCCGCCGACGAAUGAGCGGUCGACGCUCGAGCUGUUCUCACAAGGCUCAGACCCAUGGCGCGUGAUUGACGGGUAUGACUUUGAUCAGAACGAGGUCGUCCUCUGUAUGCAGAGCGUCAACCUCGAAUCAUCAAGCAGUGAUAGCGGGUAUCGGGACUUUAUCGCCGUUGGGACAGGGUUCCACUUUGCCGAGGAUCGAGCGACCAGGGGUAAUACCUACAUCUUUGAGAUUGUCGAGACUGUCGGUCUGACCGCGAAGGAGAGUGGCUGGCGCUUGAAGAUGCGGGCAAAAGAUCCGGCCCGGAACCCCGUUUCCGCGCUUGGCAACAUCAAUGGGUAUCUCCUUAAUUCGAACGGACCCAAGCUCUACGCCAAAGGUCUGGACUACGACCAGCGACUCAUGGGUCUCGCCUUCCUCGAUGUCAACAUCUACAUGACGUCCAUCCGGGUCUUCAAGAACUUCAUCCUCGCUACCGAUCUGCUCAAGAGCAUCUGGCUCGUCUCGCUUCAGGAUGAACCGUACAAGCUCUCAGUUAUAAGUAAGGAUCUGCGGGAGGUCCACGCCCUCACUGGAGACUUUUUGGUCCAGGAGGGUCAGGUCACGUUCCUCAUCACGGACCGGAAAGGGGAUAUGCGGAUGCUAGACUUUGAUCCUGCCGAUUCUGAAUCGCUGAAUGGCGAGCGCCUGCUCUUGCGGACAGAGUACCAUAUGGGCGCCUCAGUGACAGUCUCCAAGAUGAUUGCGAGGCGGCGGACGACGGAUGAGGAGUUUGCGCCCCAGUCUCAGCUGGUAUACGGAACGGCCGAUGGCUCGCUUACCACCAUCGUGGCUGUCAAGCCAGCCCGUUUCAAGCGGCUACAGCUCGUAGCGGACCAACUUACACGAAACGCACAGCAUUCCGCGGGUCUCAAUCCGAAGGCGUUCCGAACCGUACAAAACGAUCUCCUUCCAAAACCGCUCACCCGUGGUAUCCUCGAUGGGCAGCUCUUGUCUCACUUUGCGCUGCAGCCGGUCAAGAGGCAGAGGGAGAUGAUGCGGCAGAUCGGGACGGAUGAGGUUACGGUGGCGAGUGAUCUGCAGGCGCUAGGCGGGUUCUGGUAG